AUGGCUCUCUAUUCAGAUCCUCCAACCCUCCGCGAAUUCAAGUAUGACAAGCCCACUCUGCUCGUCUGUUGGUGGGCGACAUCAUUUUGUACACUUAUUAUCCUCCUGCGGCUUGCUGGUCGCUUCAUCCGUACUGAACGGCUAUUUACCGAAGAUCGUGUCGCCGCUCUCGCUUUGAUCCCUCUGUAUGCUCGCAUGGCAUGCGUUCAUUACAUACUUAUUUACGGGACUAACAAUGCGCAAUUUGAUGGCGUUGAGCUUACUGAUCAACAACUACGUCAGAAGGCUAUUGGCAGUGGCCUUGUGCUAGCCAGUCGGAUCUUUUAUGCUGCAACCUUAUGGAUACUCAAAUUCGCAGUGCUUGAGUUCCUCCACCGAUUAACACGAGCCACGUGGGAACGAACCUGGCAGACAUCUUUAUAUGUCAUUCGCAUCAUUCUUGCAGCUACCUUUGUCGCUAUAGUCAUCAGUGACUUUGUCGAAUGCCGACCUUUCAGCCACUAUUGGCAAGUUCUACCCGAUCCCGGCGGUCAGUGCCGUCAAGGUUAUGUACAGCUUCUUACCAUGGCGGUCUGCAACGUCAUUACCGACCUUUUGCUUGUCAUCUUCCCUAUUCCCAUCAUUGUGACAAGUGGAAUGACGAUCAAGAGAAAGAUACAGCUCGUACUUCUCUUCUCCUUGAGUUUGUCCGUCGUGGGGGUGACUCUCUACCGGGUACCACACAUCAUAGACGAGCAUGGUCGUCAGCAGUAUCGGUCUCUUUUAGCCUCGGUUGAGCUUUUAUUCGCCACUGCAGCAGCCAAUUCCCUAGUACUGGGAUCUUUCAUGCGGGACCGAGGUAUUAAGAAGCAAAAGUUCCGUCGUUCGUCCGUCGCCGAAUCACUCGACCCGUCGCUCAAUCUUCGCCGUCCAACUCUGCAUCGACACUGGGGGAGCGACGAGGAUCUUGUGCGGGAUGUUGGUAUGACGGUCGAUCCGGAGCUGCAAGAUCAACCAGAUAACUCCAGCGAGAAUGGUACCCUACAAUACACCCCUGCCCCUCUUGUUCGGAAGCUGGAUCAGGAUCUCGAGCGCUGGCAAUUUCCACAAAGACAGCGCAGUAACGCGGAACACAGCGACGAUUCUCUCAUACAGCACGAUCCACUCUCUCAAUCAAAGAGCGAAAGCAGCCCGGCCCCAAGAAGAGUGUCUUUCUUUGACGUAGGUGGCCUACUUGAUGUUCCACCGGAAAGUUCUGGAAGUUUGCGAGCAAACAGCCGCGAUUCAUCCAAGGAGGACUCGGCACAGUCCUAUACACCGCCUGUGCCUUCUUUACCAGCUAGUUCGGGUGGGUUCCGUCGAGGUUCGACUGCGUUACUUCAGGACCUUGGUGGUCUUUUUGGGCCUACGAGCACAAGGCAAAGUCGAUCCAAGUCCAAGUAUGGGGGAACUGAACUCCAACCGAUACCACAGUCCCGCGAAGAGUCGCGUCAAGGCAGCAAUGUGCAUUCUGGGACCGAACUGAGGGAUCCUGGUGGGCUCUUGACAUGA